ACUCGAAGCUGUUCAUUCAUCCGUCCCACUGCAGCUGCUGUGUUGUGUUGAGCACCACAGCAUUAGCUAGCAAGCCAUUGCUAAAAUGGCAUGACUGAAGCGUUCAAAGUGAAGAAACUGUCCACCAUGUGAAAGUCUGCCUGCAUUUUUGUGAACCUGAACCAUCGGGGAAUCAGACAAUCAUCAUCAUCAUCAUCAUCGGUGGUGCAGCAGCAGCAGCGGCGGACGUGGUGGCUUCUCAGCAAGGAUCAUGUGGUGUGCUUGGCCAUUCCUGCCUGCUCUGGUGCUUCUCUCAGAGCUCUCUGUGGUGAGAGUCCAGACGGCACCAUGCCAGACCUGCAGAAAACUCACUGAGAGUUUCAUUAAGGGCUUGGAGAAAACAGCCAAUAAGAACUUUGGGGGCGGUAACACUGCUUGGGAGGAGGAGAAGCUGGCUAAAUAUGCACGGAGUGAGACUCGCCUGUUAGAGAUAGUCGAAACCGCUUGUGAGAAAACAGAUUUUGAAUGUAACCGGCUGCUCGAGCAGAUCGAGGACCAAGUGGAGACGUGGUGGUUCCACAGACAACAAGAAGCACCGGACCUUUUUGAGUGGCUGUGUAUAGAGGAGCUGAGAGUCUGCUGUCCACCUGGACACUUUGGACCUGACUGCAAAGAGUGUCCAUCUGGACCUGGCGGCAUAUGUGGAGGUCUGGGCCGCUGUGAAGGGGAGGGCACUCGCCUGGGAGAUGGAGAGUGUGUCUGUGAUCCUGGGUACUCUGGCCCUCUUUGCCAACGCUGUGCUGAUGGUUACUACAGAGAGAAAAGCUCCAAUGACAGCAUAGGAGCCUGUGCAGCCUGCUACCACUCAUGUAAGAAAUGCUCAGGGCCACAGGACUACAAAUGCCUCGACUGCAAACCCGGCUGGAUCCUUCACGACAACAAAUGUGUUGAUAUUGAUGAAUGCGGUACAGAGCUGGCUCGUUGUCCUUCUAACACCUACUGUCACAACACAGAUGGAUCAUAUGAAUGCAGAGGAUGUGACCAGGCAUGUGUGGGCUGCAUGGGUAGUGGUCCUGCCCGCUGUAAGAAAUGUGCACGUGGCUACAGAUUAAAGGGAGCCAAGUGUCUUGAUAUAGAUGAGUGUAGUGAACGUGCAAUAGCAUGCCCAGGACUCAAUGAGGCCUGCAUCAACGAGGAGGGCUCCUUCCACUGUGACUGUGCUGAUGGUUUUAUCAGAAGAGACAGCAUCUGUGUUGAAAAUAAGCCUCCUGCUGGCCCAGAGAAAGGACUAUUUGACGACAUGACGGAUGAUGAGGUCAUUGUACUGCAACAGAUGUUCUUUGGAGUGGUAAUCUGUGCCCUAGCCACUCUUGCUGCCAAGGGUGACAUGGUCUUCACUGCUAUUUUCAUUGGGGGUGUAGCUGCUAUGGCUGGAUACUGGCUGACUGAGAAGGGAGACUAUAUGCUGGACGGAUUUCUUAAGGGACGCUAGACUGCAUGGGACCAUAACUUGAUUAAAAAGACCAGCCAAUUUGGGUAAAUAAGAAUCGGUUGGGGGGGGUAGGACACUAGCUCUGAGAUGCUAGACUUUCAGGGAUUUGCUUGUGAUUGGGGAAUUAAUUUAAAGGGCUUGGGGUUAAUUUGUGUAUGAGUGAGAUGACACAGGAAAACGUGAGAACUUGAAGACUAUGAAGCCGUGAAUCUUUAAGAGGAGUAACGAAGUAUCACUGCACUGAUAUAAAGGAAUUGAACUUCUUUCCCUACCUCACCUGUGUUGGGAACAAGGGUGACAUAAAGACCACUACUGAUUGUGAAAAUCUUAUGCAUUUGGAUAUGCUGUCUGGCGUCAAUGUCGCACAUGAAAACAGUUUAUUCAUGAUGUCCAUCCUUGUUUUCACCAUUUCAUCUUUUUUUUUCUUUUUUUUUUCCCCCUCAUGGUUUGAAUGGCACAUAAGUUGUGACUGUCAGGUUACUAAUGCACUUAUUGCUGUGGGGCAUUGGGUAGGAUGAAGAAAUCAGAAGAAUUUCCAAAAUGUCCCCCCAGCAGAGUGCUCAUAAAACAGCUGUUAAUUUAUCUUCACAGAAUAACUUUUUACCUCUUUGUCCCAGAAUAAUUCUUUGUAAUAAUAAUAAUGCAUGAUAAUAGGAUUUGAAAUGAAAGAUACAGCACCCUAUCUAUUUGUCUUACUUUGGCAUGGAAGAUGAACUUUUUAAUGGCUGCUGAAUCAACAAGAUUACUUAUUUAAGUACUAGGACCCUACUCCAGGAAGCAGGUUUAGCUAACAAUGCUGAGUUUGUCAAUCCUGAGAUGAGGGCAACUCUGGGUUUUUUGUUCUAGGGAUAGAGUUCACUCCCUCUCUUUUUCUUAUUAAAAAAGUGUAAUUUUUUGUUAGUUUAGUUUAUUUAUUUAUUUAUUUUUUAAAAUAUAUUUAACAUGAGCUUUUAUAAUCAGUUGUCAUUAAGGACAGAGACAGUGAUUACAUUGUGGAUUUAUUAUCAGCUCAAAAUAAAAUCUGUGGUCCCCUCUUUCUGUGGACAGCUGUCAGCCCGUCUGAAACAUUUACUGUAUGUUACUGUAGCAAUCACUGUUUAAAUCAAACUAAUCUGUAUCAAGCUUUAGACACAUGACACUGAUUAAUGAUCAAUCAUUUGUCAUGUUGUAAUCGGUAACACUGUUGGAAAAAUGUUUGUCAUAGUUGGGAUCUUAGAGAUGAUGUGAAUAUUUGAGUGACGAUGAGGCUGCAGUGACUUUAAGACUCUAAAACGGGAUUAAUAUAUUUUUAAAUGUUUUUUUUUUUUUUAAAGCAGGCUGCAGCAUUUCAUGUUGAAAUUUGUUCACAGGUUGAGAUUCAGUCAUUAAAUGAUGUCAACAUUU